AUGAGCUUUUGCGGGGCAGCAGCAGCCCUCGGGCUCUCUUGCGGAUCAUUUGGCGGUGGUGCAGCCUAUGCACCGUACGGCUACCCACAAGCUCCCUCUCCUCCCCAAUACCUGCCUAUUCCCCUCCCAGCACCAGCACCCGCACCAGCUCCUCCAGCUCAACCGAUCUGGAGCAUCUUGCCAUUCCCUUUCCCCACUCAAGUCCCGGCUAUGGCCAACAACGCCUUGGCUAUGGACUGCUUCACUUUUUUGCUCUUUGCCCUCGCUCUCAUCUACUUUUUGAGACCUGAUCUCUGGCCAAAAGUACCGGCGCCGGCUGCAGCACCUGCGCCUGCCCCUGCGAAAGCACCAGCCAACGAGGAAGCGAAGUGUGGAGGAGACAAUAAGCAGAAAGUAGGCGGUGGUGGCAAUAACGACAACAAGAAGCAAGAGAACAAGGCAGAGGACGAAAAGAAGAAGAAGGAGGCGGAGGAGAAAAAGUCAAAAGAGGAUGCUGAGAAGCAAAAGAAGCUCAUCGUGGAUAUCAUUGCGGCGGAGGACAAGAAGAAAGCAGACGCGGCUGCCAAAAAAGUGGCUGAGGAGGAGAAGAGGAAGAAGGAGGAAGAGGACAACAAGAAAUUGAUCGUCGAUACGAUUGCGGAGGAGAAGAAGAAGGCGGAUGAAAAGGCGGCAGAGGAGAAGAAGAAAAAGGACGAGGAGAGCGCCAAGAAGAAGAAGGAGGAGGAGGCGAAAAAGCCCUCUGCUGACCCUCCAAAGAAAGCAUGUGAUUGCAAAUUCUUUGCUGGUCAACGAGUAUGGAUAUCACAAAACGGUGGACGAUGGUGGGGGACCAUCAUUUGCCGAAAGAACGGAAUGUGGUACGGCUCCAAGAUUGUCAAUGGUGGGCAGAAUAAGUGGGGCGGCCCCAAGCUGCUGACUGCCCCCUUUGCGGCAAAAGAGGAAGAGCUGAUUCCACGGCUGGAGUAUUUUGGGCCCAAGCGGGAGCCAGUUAUGAGCAACUUUUCGGGUGUGUGCUGCUAG